AUGCUUAGGGAUGCUUGGACGGACGACGCUGGGAAAGGCUGGUGCCGACGGUGGUGGUCCAGGCUGGGCGGACUGUUGGCGAUGGCGGCGGCCGUCUCCUGCUUCCUCGCCACGCUUCCGGUUGCGGAGGCCAACCCGGAAGCGAAGCGCCUCUACGACGACCUCCUGUCGAACUACAACCGCCUCAUCCGGCCCGUGGGUAACAACAGCGAUCGGCUCACCGUCAAGAUGGGACUACGCCUCUCCCAGCUCAUCGAUGUCAACCUGAAGAAUCAGAUCAUGACGACGAACGUUUGGGUGGAGCAGGAGUGGAACGAUUACAAGCUCAAGUGGAACCCCGACGACUACGGGGGAGUCGACACUCUUCACGUGCCGUCGGAACACAUAUGGCUGCCCGACAUCGUCCUGUACAACAACGCGGACGGGAACUACGAGGUGACCAUAAUGACCAAGGCGAUACUGCAUCACACCGGCAAGGUGGUGUGGAAGCCGCCGGCGAUCUAUAAAUCAUUUUGCGAGAUCGACGUCGAGUACUUCCCCUUCGACCAGCAGACCUGCUUUAUGAAGUUCGGCUCGUGGACUUACGACGGAUACACGGUGGACCUGAGGCACCUCGCCCAGUCGGAGGACUCGAACCAGAUCGACGUGGGGAUCGACCUGACGGACUACUACAUCUCGGUCGAGUGGGACAUCAUAAAAGUGCCUGCGGUGAGGAACGAGAAGUUCUACAUCUGCUGCGAGGAGCCCUACCCCGACAUAAUGUUCUACAUAACCCUAAGGCGCAAGACCCUCUUCUACACGGUCAACCUGAUAAUCCCCUGCGUGGGGAUCUCCUUCCUCUCGGUGCUGGUGUUCUACCUGCCGAGCGACAGCGGUGAGAAGGUGUCGCUCUCGAUCUCGAUCCUCCUCUCGCUGACCGUCUUCUUCCUCCUGCUGGCCGAGAUCAUCCCGCCGACCUCGCUGACGGUCCCUUUGCUGGGCAAGUACCUGCUCUUCACGAUGGUCCUGGUGACGCUGUCGGUGGUGGUGACGAUCGCGGUGCUGAACGUCAACUUCCGCUCGCCGGUUACCCACCGGAUGGCCAAGUGGGUGCGGGUGCUCUUCAUCCAGGUGCUGCCGAGGUUCCUGUUCAUUGAGCGGCCGAAAAAGGACGACGACGACGGGGACGCCGAUGGGAACGGCGAGGACGGCGACGCCGAGGGGGGCGCGGGGGGCGGCGUGGCGGACGAGCCGGAGGUCGAGAUCGACGCCGACGAGAGCGACCUAGACGCAAAGCCACCCGAGGCCAUCCUGACGGACGUCUUCCACCUGAGGGAGCCGGACAAAUACGAGCCCUACUGCCCCAAGAGGUUCGUCGGUCCCGACUACGAGGUCCCGCUCCCGGAGGCCGUGGCGGAGGCCUGCUUCGACGGGGGCCUCCACGCCCUGCCCCUCCCCGGGGCCGACGACGACCUCUUCGGGCCCUCCAGCCCCGGCUUCCCCAGGGACGACGCCAGUCCCACAUUCGAGAGGCCCGUCGUGCGCGAGAUCGAGAAGACCGUCGAGGACGCCCGCUUCAUCGCCCAGCACGCCAAGAACAAGGACAAGUUCGAGAGCGUGGAGGAGGACUGGAAGUACGUGGCGAUGGUCCUCGACAGGAUAUUCCUGUGGAUCUUCACGGUGGCCUGCGUGAUCGGCACGGCGCUGAUCAUCUUCCAGGCGCCGAGUCUGUACGACACGACGAAGCCGAUCGACAUCAAGUACAGCAACAUCGCGAAGAAGAAGAUGAUGCUGAUGAACAUGGGCCCCGAGGAGGAUUAG